AUGUAUUGGUUGCGACGCUUCACCAUAGUGAUGGUGCCGCUGGCCAUCAUCAUCUUCGUGGCCACCUACCUUCCCGUUAUCCUCGAUCCCUCAAACAAAGGUCCCGAGAGUCGCGCUCGUGACCGACUCUGGGUCAGCAGCAGUCCCUACUUCUGGGAUCGCCAGGCCUGCCGAUGGAUCAGUCUGUGCGGCCUGCACCAUCUGCGAAGGGACCCUGCUGUGCUCCCGCCUAUCCUCGACGACGACCCUGAAGAUGAGCUGGGACGAGUGGAAUUGCGCAAGCGUAUGGACCGUACAUGGGAGGAGGAUGCCGAACUUAACACACCAUAUUCAGAACUACGGAAAAGCAAGAGAUCGGAUCUGAAGAGAAACCCAAAGGAGCGACGGAGGACCCUUAGGGAUGUUCCCCAAUAUGUUCUCGAUCAUGCCCCGCUUGUACACCUCUACUCUGGCGAGCAAUUUUGGCCCUCCGACAUUCGCGAACACAUCGAGCACAUGGUUGUCACUGUCGACCACAAACUAUUGAACUUGACUGAGAAAGUAUCACUACACAACUUGCAGGCGCUCAACGAGUACGAUAAUCAGAUGGUUACGCUUCACAGCGUGGAGGACGUUGAAUCUCGACCGGCUUGGCUCCAUAGCCACGAUAACCUGCCGAACCCAUUUGACGACCCCGAUGCUUCUACCCCGCCUCCUGUGGGAAAUGGUAAGAAGCCGCAUAGCGAGCCCGAUACCUGGUUCGACGUGGACAAGAAGCAUCCCGUUCAUCGCAUCUCGGAUCCUCGAAACAAAGGCGUACCCGCAUAUGCUCCUACGCCCAGCCCUGGCAAAGAGCAGCAACGCAUCGUUCCGCGCGGUCACAAGCCAGACCCAGAUGGCUACUCCAAGGCGCCAGCUACUCUUGUCCUGGUGGAUAAGGGCUCGGGUAUCAUCGAUGCCUUUUGGUUCUUCUUUUACAGCUACAACCUUGGACAAACCGUGCUUGGCUUGCGGUUCGGAAACCACGUGGGUGACUGGGAGCAUUGCAUGGUGCGCUUUCAAAACGGGGUGCCCCGUGGCAUUUUCUUCUCAGAGCACGAGGGUGGUCAGGCGUAUGCUUGGGAAGCAGUUGAGAAACGCGGCGACAGGCCCGUCAUAUACUCGGCCGUUGGCUCCCACGCCAUGUAUGCCCUGCCCGGCAACCAUCCCUAUGUCUUGCCUUUCAAAAUGCUCAAGGACGUUACGGACAAGGGUCCGCUAUGGGAUCCCGCACUGAACAACUACGCUUAUUUCUACGAUUAUACACUUGAAGACCCAAAGGAUACCAUCGAGCACGAGGACGGCAUCGCAGAGCAAGGACUCACCCACGAUACUCACAGCUUCACCCCGGCCGCGUCUAACCCAGAUGCUCCUGUUACGUGGCUGCACUACCAGGGCCGAUGGGGCGAUGAGACUUACACUCUCGCAGAUAUGCGACAGUGGCGGCUUUUUGGCCAGUACCACUACGUGACCGGACCUAGUGGGCCCAAGUUCAAGAAUCUUGAGCGCCAAACGCUCUGCCCAGAUCGGAAAUGCCGCCUGCUGUACGAGAUUGAUCCCAAAGGUACUUGGUACAGUUAG